GUUGUGUUGUUGCAGGCAGUCGCCGUCCACCAUUCGUCUUUAGCGGGAAAGUUGCUAGCGCCAAAAAAGUUUAGGUGGAAGCAUCUCAAGCCUCGAAACUUUGAACUUUCAACUCUCACGAGACAUCCGUCGCUUUUCUCACAACAUAUAGCAGCCAUCGCACCCUCACAAUGGCCGCUGCAGAUAUCGCGAGCAAGAAGCGCAAAGGCGCAUCCGACGCUGCGCCAAAGGCAAAGAAGCCCAGAAAGUCGGACGACAUUGCCGCCCCGGCAAAGCCCGCCAAAUCCCCCAAGGCCACCAAAGCCGCGCCCGCACCUGCUGCUGAGAAACCUGCCAAGAAGUCUGCGCGCAAGACAGCCGAGAAUCUUGUUCCUGACAAUGAAGCUCCCGCCGCGAAGCCUACAAAAGGCGCCAAGGGCAAGAAGAAGGUUGAGCCUGCUCCCGAGACCAACGGAGACGAAGACGAGAGCAUUCUCGACUUUGACGUGAUUGAGGCGAAGAAGGAGACGCCCAAGAAGGAGGCACCUAAGGCGAAGGCGAAGAAAGGCAAGAAGGAGCCUGUUGCAGAGCCCGAGCCUGUUGAAGAGGAGGUCGAGGCGCCCAAGGCCAAGACUACAAAAUUGAAGAAAGGAAAGAAGGUACAAGAUGAGCCCGUAGAGGAAGUUGUGGAGGUGGAGGCUACUAUCACCGAGGAUGGUGACAUCGAGGAUGCUGCAGAAGAUGACCAGACCGCCGCCUUGCUUGCCGGCUUCAGCAGCGACGACAGCGAUACUGAAAACGACGAUGAGUUUGACGCAGACUCCGCCCCCGUUCCCAAGCUCACAAAGGCACAAAAGAAAGCCAUUGCUAAGGCCAAAGACACACCGAAGGCUACUGAGCCAGGUGUGAUUUACGUUGGCCGCGUCCCCCGGGGUUUCUUUGAGCCCCAGAUGAAGAAGUACUUUUCUCAGUUCGGUCGCGUUCUCAACCUGCGCUUGUCACGCAACAAGAAGACCGGCGCCUCUAAGCACUAUGCGUUCGUCGAGUUCGCCUCCGCAGAAGUCGCCGACAUCGUCGCCCGCACAAUGAACAACUACCUCAUGUUUGGUCACAUCCUUAAGUGCUCGCUCGUACCCAAAGAGCAGGUGCAUGAGAACUUGUUCAAGGGUGCGAACAUGCGGUUCAAGGUGGACCCAAGGAACAAGAAGGCAGGGCUGGCAAUGGAGAGGGGUGCCGAGCGCGACGUAUGGGAGAAGAGAGUCGUCAACGAGAACAAGAGGAGGAGCGGAAGAAACAAGGACUUGAAGGAGGCCUUCGGCUACGAGUUCGAGGCGCCCGAACUCAAGGCUGUCAAGGACGUCAAGGCUGGAAAGAAGCUCGAGGUCGAGGCCAGCGAGCCCCAACAGCUCCUCACCGAAGCUCCGGUGGAGACAAAGGCCAAGAAGGGCAAGAAGACCGCGAAGGCCGCUGAGCCUGAGCCUGUCGCUGAAGAGCCCAAGGUCGAGGCACCCGCAAAGAAGACAACCAAGAAGCGCAAGUCUGACGCCGCAGCUGAGGUUCUUGCUGCCCCCGUUGAGAAGCCCGUUGUUGCGUCUAAGGCGAAGAAGGCGAAGAAGGCCAAGGCUUAGAAUCCUGGCUUUCCUGAUACUUCCGCGCGAGUAACGAGCACAAGCAUAUGGGAGUGGCUUCGACGUGUCUAGCUACCUCGGUAUUGGUUUUCUGGUGUGCAUGUUUCUACGGAUACCAUAGGGAAAAGCGAAUGCAUCUUCAUAGAGUAUUGUUCAUCAAUUACUAUCUCAAUCGAUUUG